AUGACUCAAUUCAAAUUCCGACUGCCACGUCAACCGUUUCUGCAUGGGAAGUUUGUCGACUCCCAAUGUAAGGACAAACAUGAGCUUACUUCAGCUACUGAUGGAUCUCAAGUGAUGGCCGAUCUCCAAUGGGCUGCUGUGGAGGAUGUAGAGCUUGCUGUGGAUUCUGCAGAGAAGGGCUUGAAAGAGUGGCAGGCACUCUCACCUAAAAAACGUUGCAGUUGUUUGCUUCGAUACGCGGACUUGAUUGAGUCUCAUGCUGAGGAACUCGCAUACCUCGAAGUCAUUGUAACGGGAAAGCCAAUGGUGUUUGCUUCUGGCUAUGAGGCUCCUCAGCUUGCAAACAUACUACGAUAUUACGCAGGAUACACGGACAAGUUGAGCGGUGAGAGCUACCCAUUAGAAGAUGGACUUCUUAAAAUGGUCGUACACGAGCCCCUUGGUGUUUGCGCCGCCAUAACAGCCUUCAACAGUCCCAUGAUUCUUUUUGCCUUGAAAGUAGCACCAGCUCUCGCCUCAGGGAACGUAAUGAUUGUCAAGGCUAGCGAGUUUAACCCGUUGUCAUCGCUGCGUCUGGCAGAACUCGCUACAGAAGCAGGGCUACCGGCCGGCGCCAUCAACGUCUUGAUCGGCGGUGCAGAUGUGGGAAAUGCUCUCGCUACUCAUAAGCAUAUUCGAAAGAUUAGUUUCACGGGCAGUGUCGCUACGGGCAAGAAGGUUCAGAUUGCAGCGACCGAAUCCAACUUGAAGCGGGUGACUCUGGAAUUGGGAGGCAAGUCACCGGUCGUCAUCUUCCGAGAUGCCGACUUGAACAAUGCCGUCCGAGCUGCCUCUAAUUUUCUGGCUUUCAAUGGCCAGGGCUGCAUCUUAGGGACGCGUAUACUUGUUCAAGAGGAGAUAUCGGUCACCUUCCUAGAAGCAUUGAGGCAGCUCAUUGAGGAGCAUACCAAAACGUUGGGCUCGGAUCCAAUGGAACUCUCCACGUUAUCAUGCCCUAUAUUUCACGUACAACAACACAAGAGAGUUGCUGAAUUUCUUGAUUUGGGGAAACAAGAGGCCGAAGUUUUCGUUGGGGGGUCGGUUUGCCAACACCCGGGGCUCUAUGUGGAGCCCACCGUUUUCGUCAAUCCCAAGCCAGCUGCGAGGAUCCUGCACGAGGAGAUCUUUGGGCCGGUAGCCGUUGUCCAGACAUUCAAGACUGAAUCCGAAGCAAUCGAAAUGGCGAAUGAUACGGAAUACGGGCUCGGCGCAUUUAUACAUACUAAUGAUAUCAGCCGUGCGCUUCGAGUAGCAUCCAAAAUCCAGUCGGGCACGGUUUCAAUCAACACGACUGAGAAUAUGAGCCCUCAAAUGCCAUUUGGGGGGAGCAAAAACAGUGGCUUGGGGCGCGAGAACGCACGAUAUGCGCUGAUGGCUUAUACGGAGCCGAAGUCAAUCUUUAUCAGGACACUUGGAGAGAUGGAAUGA